UUACGAAUUGGACCGAGCCGGGAAACGCGAGUCUGAUGUCACAUGUGCUUCAUCGGAGGAGACGGAGCAUCUGCAAGCUGGAUUUUGUGGAGGAUGCUGCGGCAAGUGAUACACAGAGGGCUCAAGGCUUCCUUCUACUGGUUAGGCUUAUUUGUUAGCAGACACCCCGUUUUCUUUCUCACCGUGCCCGCGGUUCUCACCAUCAUUUUCGGAUCUACGGUACUGAGCCGAUUCAAGCCAGAGACGGACCUUGAGCUGCUGGUGGCACCGACGCACAGCCUGGCCAAGAUUGAGCGAAGUCUGGCCAACAGCCUCUUUCACAUCGACCAGUCUAAGCACAAGCUGUACUCGGAUUUACACACCCCGGGUAGAUAUGGUAGGCUGAUACUGCUGGCCAAGUCCGGGGGGAACAUCUUGGAGGUGGCCGAUCAGGUGUUGCAAGUUCACAAGCAAGUGUUGGAUUUGCGAGAUGGUCGAGUGUCCUUCAUCGGUCAUCAACUGGGAGGCGUGUCCUUCUCACCCAACAGCCGGGACCAACAAGUCAAGUUCGCCAGUGCUGUCCAAAUUACCUACUACCUCCGCAACAAUGGACCUGUGGUGCAGGAUGCCAUUGCAGAGCGCUGGGAGAAUGAGUUCUGCGCCCUGGUCACUCGGCUGUCAACUGCCGAAGCUCCUCACGGACCAGACCAGCUCCACAUCCACUCCCUCACCUCCUUCAGCUUGUGGCGAGACUUCCAUCAGACAGGUGUGCUAGCCAAAGGGGAAGUGUUGGUUAGCCUGGUGCUGGUGCUCCUGGCUGCCACCAUAUCCAGCUCCAUGCGGGACUGUUUGAGGGGGAAACCCUUCCUAGGCCUCCUGGGGGUGUUGACCAUCUGUAUUGCCAACGUGACAGCCGCAGGGAUCUUUUUCAUAUCAGAUGGCAAAUUCAAUUCGACACUCCUCGGGAUUCCAUUCUUUGCUAUGGGUCAUGGAACCAAAGGAGUAUUCGAACUUUUGGCAGGCUGGAGGAGAACAAGGGAAAACCUGCCUUUCAAGGAACGCGUGGCUGAUGCUUUUGCCGACGUGAUGGUGUGCUACACCAUGACCAGCUCGCUCUACAUCAUCACAUUCGGCAUGGGAGCGAGCCCUUUCACCAAUAUUGAAUCAGUGAAGAUUUUCUGCCAGAGCAUGUGUGUAGCCAUCUUGGUCAACUACUUCUACGUUUUCUCAUUCUACGGCUCCUGCUUGGUGUUUGCUGGACAACUGGAGCAGAACCGCUACCACAGUGUUUUCUGUUGUAAAAUCCCUUCAGUGGAGUAUCUGGACCGCCAACCCACUUGGUUUAAAACCAUGAUGAGUGAUGGCCAUGACCUCUCGACGCACCAUGACAGUGUCCCUUACCAGAAUCACUUUAUCCAGCAUUUUCUUCGCGAACACUACACAGAGUGGAUAACCAACACCUAUGUCAAACCCUUUGUGGUUAUUCUCUAUCUCAUCUACGCUUCGUUUUCAUUCAUGGGAUGUUUACAAAUCAGCGACGGUUCCAAUAUUGUAAACCUUCUGGCGAGUAACUCUCCGAGUGUUUCAUAUGCGCUGACUCAGCAGAGAUAUUUCAGCAACUACAGUCCUGUGAUUGGCUUUUACAUUUAUGAGCCCAUUGAGUAUUGGAACUCCACAGUGCAGGAGCAUUUGAAGACCCUCAGUCACGGCUUCAACAAGAUCUCUUGGAUUGACAACUUUUUCCACUAUCUACGUGUGGUGAACGUGAGCGCAUCAACCAAGAGCGACUUUGUCAAUAUUCUCAAAAGCUCGUUCCUGCGGAGCCCCGAGUACCAGCAUUUCACAGAGGACAUCAUAUUCUCCAAAAACCGUGACACAAAAGAGUACGAUAUCAUCGCCUCGCGCAUGUAUUUAGUGGCACGGACCACGGAAAAGAAGCGUGAGGAGGUGGUGGAGCUUCUAGAGAAGCUUCGCCCUCUAAUGUUGAUAGACGGUAUCAAAUUCAUUGCCUUUAAUCCAACAUUUGUGUUCAUGGACCGCUACAGUUCCUCUGUCAUCUCUCCAAUCCUAACCUCAGGCUUUAGUGUACUCACCAUCCUUAUCCUUACCUUCUUCCUUGUCAUUAACCCCUUAGGGAACUUCUGGCUCAUCCUCACCGUUACGUCAGUGGAGUUGGGCGUCUUAGGUUUGAUGACUCUUUGGAGUGUCGGUAUGGACAGCAUCUCAAUCCUGUGCCUUAUUUAUACCCUGAACUUCGCCAUGGAUCACUGUGCACCACACUUAUACACGUUUGUGUUGGCCAGCGAGCACACGAGGACACAGUGCAUCAAGUUGGCACUGGAGGAGCACGGUGCGGCCAUCUUGCAGAACACAUCCUGCUUUGUGAUUGGGAUCAUACCUUUAGUGUUUGUGCCUUCCAAUCUGACCUACACACUGUUCAAGUGCUCGCUCCUCACGGCCGGCUGUACCGUGCUUCACUGCUUCGUCAUCCUGCCCGUCUUCCUCACCUUCUUCCCGCCAUCCAAAAAGAGACACAAGAAAAAAAAACGGGCCAAGAGGAAAGAAAGGGAACGCGAAAGGGAACGUGAAAGGGAGGAGAUCGAGUGUAUUGACGUUAGAGAGAAUCCUGAUCACGUGACAAAUGUCUGAGUAGGUUUUUUUCGCAGUGAAUAUUAGUUGAAUUGCGUAAUUAGAUAACUCCUAAGAUAUAGGCAAGUGAAGAUAGCUGUGCCGAGCACAGCUUCCUCCCGGCCAAUAGCAGCUAAGCAGCUAGUUGAACGCACUCCCAUUCCUGACAGUGUCUAUCAUUGGGUAUCAACCAACAGCAUACUUAUACUUCUACUACUCGGUACAAUAUAUGUGAAACUAGGUUACCAGAUCAAAUUCUGAAUAUAUAGUUGAUAUCUCUAUUGAAAUAUUUGUAAGUCAGACUUUAUCUUUCGCAGCCCUUAUCGAUAAGUGCAAAGCAGUCUGUGAAGCCAAGAACAGGCUAGCGUAAACAGGCUAGUGGAAAUGUAACCAUUAGAAACUACCAAUAAAUCAGGGGUGGUUUGUCAAUUUGAGCAAGUGUGUUUCAUAGAUAGUGAAAAUGAUUUGUUUGUGCCUGUCACCUGAUGACUUGCCUGUGUUGCAUCAACUGAAAAGUCUACAGUGGCCUCCAUAUGCUGAUAACGCAAAGCUUCAUGAAUUACGCUAAUGCUAGCUAGAUUUUACGUGAAAACCAAAUCUUUUUCACAUUUUUCCACAACAAUUUGUUAGGUGUGCUCACAUAAAAGAAAGAUAGACGCGAGUAAACAACUACCGUAUUUUCCGGACUGUAAGGCGCACCGGACUAUAAGGCGCACCUUCAAUGAAUGGCCCGUUUUAAAACUUUGUCCUUAUAUAAGGCGGACCGUACUAUAAGGCGCACCAUUAAUGCAUCAUGUCAGAUUUUUAAUCCAAAUCAAAUCAUUCUCCAUUUUAUUUUUUUUAUUUCAACUUCAGACGCAACAAAUUAUUUUAUAAUCACAACAAUAAUGAUCCAUAGUCUUUUUGAUUCAUGAUUCAUAGUCUACAGCAGGCCACCUAUGGUUGAUU